AUGACUGCUCUCAUAGCUCCACACAGAAUUUCAUUUGUGAACAAGAUUGGAAUAAUUCUAAAAGCAACAUCUGAUGACGAAAGUCCUACGGCUGGUUAUUUGUACAAAGACAUUAAUGACAUCAGCUUUGAAUCUGUGGGGUACUGUGACAGCCUUGUUGAAUUUCUGGUGGACAGACUGAAGAGCAGAUCAUGUCAUGUGAAGUUUAAAGUUCUGAAACUGAUGGCACAUAUUGCCAAGAAUGGCAGCAGAGAUUUCCAGCUUGGUCUGAGGAAGCACUCGGACAUCAUUAAGGAAUGCAUGAAAUUUGGAGGGCCACCUCAUCCUUUGCACGGAAAUGUUCCCUACCUGAUGGUUCGCAAAAUUUCAAAGGAACUGUGUGAGAUCUUAUAUAAUAUGGAAGCACCCAGCAGUGGGUCUCAAGCAGACGUUGCGGGCUCGGAAAGGCAACAGGACCCAAAAUAUGGAGGCUUGGGUCCAGCACGUACUGGAGGAGCUAUUCAAGGAUUUGGCAAUACUCCUACACAGCCCAAAUCCCUAGGAGAAACCAUACUUGAUGGAAUUGAAAAACUUGGAGCCAAAAUUUCAGAAACACCUUCAGAUCGCAGUUCUACUGUUAACUAUAGGCCACCUGUUGUUGUCACAGGCAAUAUGGAGCCAGCUUAUCCCUCUGUAGCUCUUGAAGGAAGCAGUAGUAAAUCAACAGUCAUGAAAAAGCAUCAACCUGGGCGUGCAGGAGGUGGUUGGAAUGAUGAUGAUGAGGGUGAGGAGGAGAAUAAUGAAAACAACAAUGACAAUGGCUCCAAACAGUUCAGCUUUGAAACAGACAGCUUGGUUGAUCAUACUUACAGGCUGCAACAAGAUGAAGUUCAGGCAGAUUGGAAAGAAGAAUCAGAGCUUGUGGUAUCUGUAGUCAAAGAAGGAUCCACUGGUGAAAACGGCAUUUUCCUGUCCCCAUCUACUGUAACAGCAUUUCUGAACAAAUGCUCCACCUUGAGCUGUGAUAAGGUUGUGGAGAUAUUGGUUCAGAAGUUAGCAAGCCAAGAUGCUGGGGUUGUUUUGAGAUCACUUCAGCUGCUGGAAGGAAUCAUUUACAACAGGGAAGAACUGGUUGAGAUUGACCAGCUUACAGUGAUGUGUAAAGAAAGUCUAGUCAGCUGCUUCCAGCAUGGCAGUUCCCAAUGUCAUCCCGUUUCCAGUCAGCUAAGAAACUCAGCUCAAGCUAAGCGUUCGUUGAAUAAGAAUCUGGAAAUAGAAAAUGAAAUAAGCAUAGAGAAGCUUUGGAGUGCGGUUCAGUUUAAGUCAGCUAAAAUUAUUCUAAUUUUGCAACAACUUUCUUCUCAUAAGGAAAUUCUGGCGUCUGUGAAUUUUGAAAACUGUUUGAAUUCAACACUUCCUGCUGAAAACACAAGUCAAAAGCUUGAAACUGCUUGA